UAAAAGAGCGAUAAAAAAAGUCUUUAGCCUUUGCAAUUCAGUUCUUCUCUCAUCUCUCUUCCUCACUCCUCUGGCCACGAAUUUCUGGCCAAAUCCACAAAGGAAGGGGUUCCAUGUUGCUUCGAGUCGUAGUUGUCUCCUUCGUCUUCCUCAGCCUUUUGAACAAUGGGAACGCAGGGAUAACCAGCACGUUCAUCCGGUCAGAGUGGCCGUCUACCGAUAUUCCUAUUGACAAUGAAGCGUUUUCAAUCCCAAAGGCUCAUAAUGCGCCACAACAAGUGCACAUCACCCAAGCCGACUACGACGGAAGAGCUGUGAUUAUCUCAUGGGUUACCCCUGAUGCACCAGGAUCCAAUAAAGUGCAAUAUGGCACGGCAGAGAAAAGAUAUGAGUUUACAGCAGAGGGGACAGUGUCAAACUAUACCUUUUAUCAAUACAAGUCUGGCUAUAUCCAUCACUGCCUUGUUGAUGGCCUUGAGUAUGACACCAAGUACUAUUAUAAACUUGGAAGUGGCGACUCUGCUCGAGAAUUUUGGUUCGAAACACCUCCAAAAAUAGAUCCAGAUGCUCCUUACAAAUUUGGGAUCAUUGGAGAUUUGGGUCAGACAUAUAAUUCCCUUUCCACUCUUGAGCAUUACAUACAGAGUGGAGGCCAAACAGUUUUAUUUCUUGGAGAUCUUUCUUAUGCUGAUAGAUAUCAGUAUAAUGAUGUCGGCUUACGUUGGGACUCAUGGGGUCGAUUUGUCGAACGAAGCACCUCAUAUCAGCCAUGGAUAUGGUCUGCAGGAAAUCAUGAAAUAGAUUACAUGCCUUAUAUGAAGUAUGUUACAGAUCUACUCAAAGAAAUCGGCAAGACAGCAUGCAAACCAGUGAGUACUCCAAUAGAACUGAAUCUCAAGCUUGGAGACGCAGAAGAAGAUGCUAUGGUGGAUAGAGAGAUGUAUCAACAGUUGGUGGGGAGACUCAUUUAUCUUUCUCACACUCGGCCAGAUAUAGUGUAUGCGGGUGAAGUUACUCCUUUCAAAAACUUUCUUCAACGGUAUGCUACUCCCCAUCUGGCGUGCAAAAGCAGCAGUCCUCUUUGGUAUGCAAUCAGGCGUGCUUCCGCCCAUAUAAUCGUCCUAUCCAGCUAUUCACCAUUUGUGAAGUACACGCCUCAAUGGGAGUGGCUGAGGGAAGAACUGCAGAAGGUCGACCGAGAAAAGACGCCUUGGCUGAUUGUUCUCAUGCAUGUUCCGAUCUAUAACAGUAAUGAUGCGCACUACAUGGAGGGCGAAAGCAUGCGAGUGGUGUUUGAGAGUUGGUUUGUUCAGUACAAGGUCGACGUAAUCUUUGCUGGCCACGUCCAUGCUUAUGAAAGAUCGUAUAGAAUCUCGAAUAUUCACUACAAUAUCACAAGUGGUGACCGUUAUCCUGUGCCAGACAAAUCGGCUCCUGUUUACAUAACAGUUGGAGAUGGAGGAAAUCAGGAAGGUCUUGCUGGAAGGUUCUUGGAUCCUCAACCAGACUACUCUGCAUUCCGAGAAGCGAGUUAUGGCCACUCGACUUUAGAGAUUAAGAACCGGACUCAUGCAUUUUACCAUUGGAACCGCAACGAUGAUGGUAAGAAGUCAGCAACGGAUGCCUUUGUUUUGCGCAACCAGUACUGGUCGAGCAAUCAGAGGAGGAGAAAGCUGAAGAAGCAUUACCUAAAGAGCGUUGUGGGAGGGACCACUAUUUAAAUGAUGAGAUUAUAAAUGCCAUUUAAUUUUCCAAUCCUAAAAUGUAUUAUAUAUGACUACGUCGAGCAUUAUUAUUAAUUAGCUGAUAAUCUCAUUACGAUUGUGCUCUACUGUUGAUCUUAAAAAAAAAAAAAAAGGUGUCUUCAUUUUUCUA